GGACCCGGACAGAAGACGUCUCGAACCCAUUUUGAUUGAGAAACUUGGGGUCCCAGGGAUCAAGCAGGCGAGUUGACUGAUAUAUGUCAAUCCUGCCGCAGGAUGUUGUCUCCAGGUGUGGAAACUGAUACGACUGCGGAGGAGACAGCGCUGAGCACCCCAAACGAAGGUGCGGAUAUACCGGCCAGCCUCGACAUACUAGAGGAGCAGAGGCCGGUGAAGCAGUCCCUGGGUGCAUCCAUGUGCCGUGAGAUGCACUGGCGCUGCCUUCUUCUCUCUCUGCUCAUGUACAGCUGCAUGGGUACUGUGGCUUGGUGUCAGCUGGCUCGUGUCACCAAGCUGAGCUUUGACUCCUCUGGCUCCUCCCUGACUGCCUCCAUUAGCUCAAGGCAUGGCGUGGGAGGGCGCUCCAUGAUCUACCAUGACAGUCCUUGCUCAGACGGGUACAUCUACAUCCCCGUGGCCUUCCUGCUCAUGCUGUACAUGGUCUACCUGAUGGAAUGCUGGCAGUGCCGUGCCCGCAGCGAGCUCCAGUACAAGGCCAACGUGGACAACGUCUACGAGAGGGUGCUACGCAUGCGGCAAGCCCGGCCGUGCGUCUGGUGGAAGGCCGUCAGCUACCACUUUGUACGGAGGACAAGGCAGGUGACGCAUUACCGCAACGGAGAUGCCCACACCACCACACAGGUCUAUCACGAGCGUGUCAACACUCACGUGGCAGAAGGAGAGUUUGACUACAGCCGCUGCGGAAUGAAGGACGUCUCACGGGACCUUCGGGGGCUGGAGGGCCAUCCAGCAACAAGGUUUCGCUUUAGCAAGUGCUUUAGCUUUGCAGGGGCAGGGCCAGAGAAUGCCUACCUCAACCAACGGGCCAGGUUCUUCUCGGAACUCGAGGGCCUGGAUGACUAUAUGGAAGCCAGAGAAGGCAUGCAGCUGAAGAACGUUGACUUCAAAGAGCACCUCAUAGCCUAUGUGGAUCCUGACCAGUUACCCUGGUAUACCUCUCAGGUUGCUUUCUGGCUGGCUGCUUUCCUUAUGCUGUCCUGGCCCCUGCGGGUUUUGAUAGAGUAUCGCACAGCUUAUGUACACUACCAGGUUGAGAAGCUCUUUGGAUUGGAGUACAGCCCAUCUCCAGAAGAGAUUGCUCCUGCUCCUCCCAGGAACAGCUGGUGCAGCAACCCCGGAGGAGAAACUGUGGACAGCACUGAGCUAGAAUGGCACAUUCGCUCCAACCGUCAGCUUAUCCCCAGCUACUCAGAGGCCAUGCUGAUGAACUUGGGGAACUCAAGGUGUGCCCAGGGUGACAGCAGGUCCUCCAAUGACUUCCUGCUGGAUGACCCCCAAGCCCAGGGCUAUGGUGCCUUGGCGCGAGACUGUGAGCACUGCCAUCAGCUUGGAGGAGGGCGGCGGGCCACUGUUAGCUCCAGCUGCUCCUCCAUCUUCUCUCGCCACACAUUGCACUCGCAUGUGUCUCUGGAUACCUCCCACUUCUCGCUGUGCCGCAUGUAUGGUUCUGGGCGCACUGUGGAGCUGUGGCGGAGUCGUAGCAGCACACUGACUGAGCGUUGCUGCCCAGAUGAGAGGUGUAGCCGCUCAUCCUCCAGCCAACUGGCCCUCAAUGACAGCCCGCCCAACUACCAGGAUGCCCGCUUCUUCCCUGUGCUCAUUGUGCACAGGCCAGAGGGCUGUGGGGACCUGUCAGAAGCAAGGAGGUACUACGUCCGCAGGGGCUCAUGCUGCUUGGAGACUUCCCUUUGAAAUGGCACAUGUAAUAACUUUAAUAGAAGAGAGACGUAUAUGAAAGUGAGCAGUAUGACUUCAUCUCAUUGAUAUAUACCAAAGCUGAACUACGAGGAAACUGGGCCAAUGCUAUGUGAGGAUUCAGAAAUCGAUGAAGGCUGAAAUUGAGGCAAUGCACUUUGGUAAACUUUGUGUUGCUUUAAUGCCCAAUACAGGAGAAAACUGAAUGUGGGAACAAUAACAGCCUUUAAGAUCUGUAAAAGCCUCUAUGAGCUUUAACUUCUUUGUAAAGUCUUGUCCUGUGCAUUCAAGUAACAUUUGCCCUUUCAAGUCUUGAAUACAAACCCAAGGGCUUAAUUUAAAUGAACAGAUAUGAAACACAUGAAGAUCUUAAAAUUCCUUUAAAUUAUGUGUGUGUACCAAGAAAAUUGUAUAUUUGUACCACAAAAUAUCUGAGGUUUUCUUCAAAGGGUAUAUAGUAAAGAAAUAUGUUUAUGCCUUAUAUUGGCCCACCUGGUAAAAGUAUUGUGUUGGGGAACCUAAUUCAAAUCACAAGCAUGGACAAGCUUUAAAAACAUGAAAGAUAACAUGGCUGAAAAAAGGUUUGUCUUAAGCAAUGUAGGGAACUGCCAUUUACCUUCUUUAAAAAAAGACUUAUGAUAUAUGAUUUAACCUUUUUGACAACUAGAAUAAUAUUUAACUUUGUAGAAUUCACAGUUUUUAUGAUAGGGAUCACUUUUAAAUAAAAGACAUAGGUCAACAUCAUUCAUUUAUCCACUUGUGUAGUCAGUGUUGCUGUGUAGAACAAUUAUGGCCAUGGGUUAUAUUUAUUUUGUGAAAAUAAAAAAAAAAAAAGUAAAAAAAAAAAAAAAAAAGUAGCACUAUUAUGCAGCAUGUGGAGCAGUAAAAUGUGAUACAUUUUAGUUUCAACACUACAAAAAUGAUAUGUGAGUAGACCCUAAAUAGCUAUAAAGGAUGAAUGUUGCAUGGCAGUUAAUUAUGUUUGUUCAUAGACUUACACAUUCACAGGAUAUGCCUGUCAUCACUAUUGUUGUUAUGAGUUUUUAGACUGCUAGAUUAUCUACAUACCUAGAGGUUGUUUAAAUAUCAGUUUUAAAGCCACAAACACGCAUUUGUAUUGCUGUUUAUAUUCAUUUAAUAUGACCCAUUUUCAAGUAAUGUAACCAACUAAGAUGGUUGCGUCCUGUUUCUGAGACCAAAACCAACAUUACAUUGCCUUAUGAUGAAUCCAAGAAUUUUUAGCUGCCCAACAAUGUUAUGAGUGUGAAAGGUUAAAAAAGAAAAGAUGACGCAGUGACUGGCUUUGCAUUACAGGGGAAGCCUGUGUUAUCUCAAUCACCCUCCCAAUGUGAUAUGGUGUAGAAACAGAGGUCUGCAUUGAAAAUUAAGUUUUAAAGAAAAUUUGAAAACAUGAAUAUUCAACAUAUAUAUUCCAUAGUUAAGACAUUGUGGAACUUUCUGUAAGACUGUGGACAUUAAUCUGGACAGCUGAACAAUUCUUAUGUGAAGAAAUCAUUGAAUAUUGUCCCAGUGCUUCAUAGCAUUGUGUAGACUCACUGCACUCACUGCUGCAGGUUCAAGUGUCUGAUCUUGGCAUCUUAAUUUUAAAGGAGAUGUAGUCUACAAGAUGCAAUAAAAAAUAAAUAACUAUUUACGCACAGGCCCUCACUUUUAUGUUGUAUCAUGUUUGUCUUUUGUAAUAUUGCCUGUCAUCAUCUAGGCCAUGUAUGAUUAGGUAAAAAAAACAUCACUAAGAGAAAUGGCAUACGUUUUCAUUUGGUAUUAUUUUUUUAAUUAUAUUUUGAAGCAGAUUGCUUGGCUACAACACAAUUUCUCAACACAGUUUCUCGGCUAUGGUUAUGAGCAAAUAAAGGUAAAUUAAGACCUGUCAAAUGGUGCAGCUAAAAUGGCCGUGACUGUUAAAAAGAAUGCCCAAAAUAAA